AUGGCGAAGGACAGGAUUACCUCAAUAAGAAAGCCAAAGGCCCAGCCUGGCACACUCACUUCGGGCUUUCUGACUGCUGGCGGGAAACCUGUAUACGUACAAGAAGAAGCACUCAGUCGUGCUCACCAGCUUUUGUCUCAAUGCCCCACAGCUUCGUCCAGAGCUGUCCUGCAUGAUAACCGUGUGCCAACACUUUUCACAACUGGUACAGGAAAAGCAGUGACUGUCUCAGCUGACUCUCUGGCAAAGUCAAAGGAACAGCACAGCUCUCUGACAUCAGGUUUUUCAUCAGCCGAAGGCCAGCCUGUACAUGUUAAAGAAGGGGCUGUUAGUUGUGCCCAUCAACUUCUCUCCGAAACUCCCACCAAUGUGCAUGAGGGAAGUUUCCAGCAGAACGCGAUCCCCACAUUUUUCACUACUGGUUCUGGAAAGAAGGUGCAGGUUUUGGCAGAAUCUCUGAAAGCGGCGGAAGUGAUUUUUAACGAAAAAAGAGGCCUUCUGUCAAAUGUUACUGCGGAGGCUAACUAUAAAGAGGACAACUCCCUCAUGAGACCUGUGAACACCGAAAAUUCCAGCCAUGUGCUUACCAGCUUCAAGACAGGAUCAGAAAACGCGGUUUCCGUCUCAAAGAAGUCACUGUCAAGUGCUCGGACCAUUCUCAACAUUGAUGGCACUGACACUUCCUCUGGAGGCGGCCUUCGUGGAUCUGAUAGAAGCGUUGACCAAAGUGUAUCAAGUGAAGGUGAAAGCAUCCAGAGGCCGCCUGCUCUUGCCAACAACUCCAAGAAAGGGCAGGGAGCAUUCGAGCCUAACCAAGAACUUCUGAAUCAGGACGCAAAAAAUUCUACUCCUUCCACUGAAAAAGGCCGCUUGUCUGUAGACACUGGGGCACGUCAGGCAUCGUCGGAUAAAAGGACUCCAGCAUCUGCUCCAGGCAGAUUUGGCCAUGUCGGAACUCCCAUGUUUUCUUCAAAGAUGAAAUCUGCAUCUAAGACAAGCUUUGUUACGCCGUUCAAGGCGGUUGUUCUGGGCAAGGCACAGACGCCCGUGGCGGCACCAAGAGUCGUCUCUGGUCCACGAACUUUGUUUCCGGACAAAGCAAUUCGGCCCGGAAAACUCUGGAUCCUGCGGCGGGUUAUGAAGGUUGCUCGGCUGUCUCUCAGAGAUGCACUGCAGGGCCAGCAUCCAAAGUUCUACUCGUUGGAUCAGUUGAAAGGCUACGGUGUGCUGGAUUCAACAACCGCUGUCAAUUCCCAAAAUGCCGCUGACUUCGUUUUCUAUAUCUCUUCCUCGGACCGCCUUCUGAUAUUGGGAGAUGGAGCUACUAUGCAGUUAGAGUCCACAGAAGCGCACUUGGGAAAGGAUGAGUUCAGCAGCGCCUUUUUCUGCAUGCCUGGUGUGGACAGUGACCUGGUUUCUCAUGGAUGGCUGGAAAAUCAUUACCGCUGGAUUGUUUGGAAGUUGGCAUCCAUGGAACAGCACUGCCCCCAGGUCUUUGGAGGAAGGUCACUGACACCUGACCAAGUUAUGCUUCAACUGAAAUACAGAUAUGACAUUGAAAUUGACAACAGCUGCCGGUCAGCACUUCGAAAAAUAUAUGAGAGAGAUGAUGUCCCAAGUAAGGCAUUGGUGCUGUGUGUAUCAGCGUUGGAGCACAAGGAAGGCGGCGCUGUACAGUUGGAACUCACUGACGGCUGGUACAGCAUCCGUGCCGAGUUGGACGAACCUCUGUUGAGACUAGCUUCUACAGGGCGCCUCUUUGUUGGCCUCAAGCUUCUGACAUCGGGGGCUGAACUCGUGGGCUCUGCCGAGGCCUGCGUACCUCUAGAGGCACCAAAAGAUGCUGCAUUGAAGCUGAGUUACAAUUCGACACGGCGUGCACGCUGGGACGUUCGGCUGGGUUACUUUGUGGCACCAAGGCCGUUCCGCGUCUCCCUCGCCUCUCUGCAUCCCAAAGGUGGCCUUGUCGGAAGGGUGGACUGCUUGGUCAUCCGGGCCUACCCUGUCAUGUACCUGGAAAUGCUGCCAAGUGGAAUGGGUGUGAUGAGACAUGAAAAGGAAGAGCUGAUAGUUGCUGCAAAGCACGAGAAAGUGCGAACUUCUUUCAUUGAAAAAUUGACUGCCGAGGUGCUCUCUCAGGUGGAGAAAUCGGACACAGAGGAACUACGGCUUUCUGGCAUCCGGAUGUCGUAUUCAGUGAAGCAGAUCCAAGGACUGAACUCGGGAAGAGAUAUAUGGAAAGCAAUAAAAAAUUCUUCAGACCCUUCGGAAAUCGAGCGACUCCUAAGUGAAGAGCAACUUCGUCUGCUGAGGAGCUUCCAGGAGGAACAACUGUGCAGUCGGCAGGCGACUAUUCAGCAAAAGCUUGAAAGCGCCUUGCAGACAGCUACUGACGAAAACAAGUGCCCCAAGGAAAGAGUUGUGAUACCUGUUCUUAAAGUGCUUCUCGGCGGCAUUCAUGAGGCAGACUUGCGCAAGAACAUCUGCUGCCUGAUGUGUGUGUGGAGGCCAACAGACGACACCCGAGAACUGCUGAAGCAAGGCAAAGCGCUUUCCGUCUACAACGUCAACGUGACGUGUUCAAGGAAGGUACUGCCCGACAUCCAGAACAGCGCAGUGGAGUUGACAACGACAAAAAUGACACAGUUCGAGCCAGCAGAGUGCCCCGAUCACAUUCGCAUUUACUACAUGCGACAGGUGACCAGUUUUCCUGUGCUGCUCACAGAGAGCGGCUCACAAGGCCGAGCUGUUGACAUUGUUGGUUUCGUGCUUCGUGUCAGCCACCAAAAAGAAGGUACUGUGUUGACCCUCACAGAUGCCAGGUUCAACUUCGUGCAGCUGGUCGUUGGCAGGAAAGCAUCGGCCACAGAAGAGAGCAUGAAAGGCGAGUUUCUCUCUGCGACGGACGUCACGCUCAGGACGGGCAACGCAGACAGAAUUGCCACUCUAGAGACAACCGAGUUCUCAGUGCUGACGACUUCACCUGCAAGCAGCAGCCUUCAGCAUGCCCUGUCAACUCUUAGGACCUCCAUACAGGAUCCAUCGGACUUUGCCACCACCGCCUUGGCCAGGCUGCAGGCUCCGGUGCACAUCAACAGUCCACGGGUCACGCCAAGACCGCAGUGUGCGCCUCGACAAAUUACAAAGCUAACAUCGCCUGCGACACCUAGCAACACUGUACCCGUUAGGGUGCCCAGUGCUAUUUCAAGAACUCCCACUGAGCCAAGGCCAUCAGAUGACACUGAUGGGCUUUUACUGCCAAAGAGAAGAAUUGAAGUGGAGCCAGGUUCACCUGCCGAUGCAGUAUCGAAGCAAGUUCGCACAAAAAUAGCUCUCCUGGAGCGUUAUACGGCAUUGGCACCAAUAUCGCUCUGGGCUACUCCACCGUCUGCCAAAGCGAAAGCAGCCUUUCGUUGUGUCAAAGGCAGCCCUAACAACAACCCACCGCAAGAGAGCCCUCCAAUGGACUUUGACUAGUGACAAACCUUGUAACGGUGCAUUUGUGGUGUUCCUUGUGGUUUACACACCAUGGUAACAUUUGUACACAUAAAUAUGCUUGUGGAACAUUUUAAUACAUUAGUUUUGCCACCACUGUGGUUAUGUUACACCAUUGUCAAAAGAAUAGUAAUUUAUCACAUAACUUGCUACAGUAGCAAUAACUGAGCAACACUUCAAGAUUGAAUAGCUUUGUGUGCAUGUUCAUGUUGACAAUGUACAGAUUGUAGCACUUUUUAGGCUAAAACAUGGUUUUGCAUCUACCGCCAUAGAAACUAUUUUUCGUUGCACUAGUCAAAGAUAUGUUUAUAGCAAGCCGUGAGCAUCUCAAUUGCUUGUAAAUAGCAUAUUCCGGAAACAUUUAAUGACUACCAUAUGGCGAGUUGUAAGGUUAAUGCACCCAGAACUAGGUAAUUGAAUGUCAUGACAGGUUGAUUUUAAAAAUAAGUGAUUUCUUUUUUCCUACAAAAACCGUGUUGCCUAUAUUACAUGAUAUUUAUAACUGCACAGUUCUCUUCCCUACAGGAGCUGUCUUCACAAAUUAGUUUUACAAACUAAAAAGUAU